AUGCCUAUACUGGACUCUGUCUCUGAGGUAUCGCUAGACCUGGCGUCGUCUCGCCUGGAGCACAUGGCUAGACCCAUUCACCGGGACCUGGAGGAUCUUGAACAGGCCAGUAAGACUGAAGAUGACUCGUCUGGGGCUCUGGCUGGGCGCCAGAAGGUGCCUGUGGGUGAACGUCGAGGGCUUUUGGCCCAGAUAACUUUCAUAGCUGAGAUUGAAGAUGCCCGUAACUAUGGUCGUAUGACUAAGUACGUUCUUUUAUUUAUUGUUGUUCUAGCAUGCUUUUCCGGGCCCAUGGGCACGUCUAUUUUGUACCCGGCGUCCCAGGAUGUUGCCGAUAGCCUUGAUACUACAGAAAGUGUGGUGAAUAUUUCUGUGGGUACAUACAUUUUGUCUCUUGGUAUCUUUCCGUUGUGGUGGUCGAACUUUUCAGAGAAACAUGGCCGUCGAUCCGUGUACAUUAUCUCGUUUACGUGGUUUUUGGCCUUUUGCAUUGGCUCUGCCUUGUCUCCUUCUAUUGGCGUGCUUAUUGCUUUGAGGUUUCUUUCGGGCGCUGGCGCCUCUUCUGUUCAAGCGUGUGGAGCAGCGACUGUCGCUGACUUGUACAUUCAAGAAGAACGUGGGUUCGCUUUAGGGUUGUUUUACUUGGGCAACCUUCUAUCGAUCUUUUUGGCGCCUGUUAUUGGUGGUGCCGUUUCGGAAGCCUGGGGCUGGAGAGCUACUAUGUGGGUAAUGGUGAUUACUUGUGGUGUGAUAUUGGUGCUAGUGGUGUUUUUGCUUCCCGAAACGCUUCGAAAGGAAGAUUCAAUGACGCUCGUGAUGCAGAGACUUCAACAGCAACUAGAGGACGAAAAAGACGAAAAGGACGAAACCCAAAUAGGCUCUGUCUUGAGCCGUGAACGUUCUGUACACCUGAUGACUGGUGCUGAAGGUUCUAUACCGCCAGAACGGUACUUAACAAACAAUUCGGGACGCUCUGCUAAACUCAAGGAAAUAGCAGAAAAGGUAUCCCUCGCUGAGGCCCGUGCAAACUGGAGCACCCAACUCUACGACUACUUAAUCAGACCCCUUCAUUCCUUGGUGCUUCUAGGGUACCCUCCAGCCCUCCUAUCCAUCACAUACUCAUCCAUUCUUUUUUGUGGAAUGUACUUCUUCAAUGCUUCCCUUACAUACGGCUACAGCAGAGACCCAUACAACUACAGCCUGGUGGUUGUGGGUCUUACAUAUAUCCCCAUGUCUGUGACAUACGUUAUUGCAUCUAUAUUUGGCGGCAAAUGGCACGAUAAGAGGCUCAAGCGGCACGCACGGCUCCAUAAUGGCGAAUUGGUUGCAGAAGCUCGGAUCUCGUGGAACUGUGUGAUCGGCGUAAUCGGCUAUCCUAUCUCGUGCCUAAUUUUCGGCUGGUGCAUUCAUUACGGAGAACACUGGGUGACUCCACUAGUCGGCACGGCGCUUUUUGGGUUCUCAUACAUGCUCCUUGUGGGAGUGACAUUCACUUACGUUGUCGAUGUUCUUCCAGGAAAGGGUGCAACCGGUGUAGCACUCAAUAACUUGGUGCGUCAGGUUCUAGCUGCCGUUGCUACCUUCGUCACUGUACCACUUACAGACGCUCUAGGAUCAGGCGUGUUAUUCUCCAUCAUAGCUGGAGUCAUAUCUGUGUGCGGCCUCAUGUUGCUUUAUCUCAAGCUAUAUGGGCAGAAGCUCAGGCACAGCUGUGACAUAACCACUUACUACAAGCUUCUCUAA